UAGCUGUAGAAACUGCAAGUGCUUUGAGUAUUAACGAGCUAUAAUUAUACAACCAAUGGCAAUAAUUAAGUGAUUAGUUUCAAGGUUGCAAAGUUGUUUAUCAAUUCUAUGUGCGAGCGUGCUAAACAUCUUGAAUAUGGAUAAAAUUUAGCUCAAGGUUUCAGGUGACCAAAUUUGUUGUAGUAACAUGAUUGUCGUCAAAGCAGGCAUCCUGUUCAUUUGCAUAUUGUUUGUGCAUUGCGAUCGUUUAAGGAAAUUAGAGCGUAAAAUGCUUUCAAUGCAAACAAUGACCUAUCAGGAUAUAAGUAUGCUUAGAGAGUCUGUUGAUAGGAACUUUGAGGAAUUGGAACGAAUUAGUAUGAUAAUUAAUGCGUCCCUUUCGCAAACAGCACAUCUACCUACUCCAGUACAAACAUCUGCUCCUGACAGUAAGGAGGAAGAACCAGAAUCAGAUGGAACAGAAUUGGAGUCAGAAGUCAGAAGACUUAAACGGGGCUUCAAAGAUCAAAAAAUGUUCUUUCAUUCUUGGAAAGAGGAUUUGGGUAAUGAGGUAAAAGGUCUCCACAAAAGAAUCGAAAAGCAUUCAAAUGAAAUAGCUGACAAAGUUAAUGAAACAAGCAUUUCUGUGAAUGCAGUGAUGUCGUUCACAAAAGAUACUUUGGAAGACGUUAUAAGUGUCAAAGAAAUACUCAAGAUAAUUUCGGAAAAUGUGACUGCGAUAAAAGAUCGUGAAUUGGUAAACACACUCAAACUUGGGGCUCUAUCGGAUGUAAAUAAAAAUUUCAGUGAAAGCAUUAUCUCGAGUCUUAGCACCAUAAGGAAUGAGCAGAAGAAGUCUAGUUCAGACAAAGAUGUGUUUAAAACUUGUUCUGUGGCGGUACAAAACUCGGAGAAGAUUAUUAAUCUAUUGUCAUCAUCGGGUGAGUUUAAGGACGUACGGUUAGUUGGGGGAUCGGCUUCUUCUGGUAGACUCGAAGUCUUCCUUCAUGGGAAAUGGGGAACAGUAUGCGAUGAUGAAUUUGGAACAAGUGAAGCUGAGGUUGCCUGCAGGACCCUGGGCUUUAAUGGCGGAGGCGUUCCUAGACAAAGUGCAUAUUAUGGUGAAGGAACUGGCCCAAUUUUGUUUGAUAACGUUAAAUGUAAUCGGAAAGAAAAGAAUUUGUUUAAUUGUGAAAUUGAUUAUGACACAUCCGAUUGUGGACAUAGCGAGGAUGUUGGUGUUGAAUGUAGGGACUGAUCAUUUGUUUGUAAUGAAAAAAGGUGUUUUUUU